AUGGUAAAUAAAGACUCAGCAGGGCUACGCAAACGUAGGCUCAGCGAUGACGGCGACGGGGGCUCUUCUCGCUCCCCAACCCGGCGGCGUCUGACCUCUAGAACCGCAGAACCAUCAGUUUCCCCUCCCCCAUAUCCCAUUCUAGAUGACAACAGUUUACACAAUGGUGGAAAGUCAUUCUCUACGCCCGAAGGGGUUUCCAGUGUCGAUAUACCCCCGAUGUCAGAAACCCAAGUCCGCGAGUAUCACCGAAUGGGAAGUGCAUACCAAGCAUGGAUUGCCGACCCAACUCUCGGCGGAUGCCCAUGUGGGAAAUCAGAAGAGACCUUGUUCGACUUGUUCAAUGCCAGCGAUAAGAGGAAGCGAUUUACUUGUCCAGAGAACCAUUUCACCGACCCACCCCGACACAUUCAGGAGGAUUUGGAAGAAUUGGGACUCCCCAGGGCAGGUAAAAGGUAUCGCUUCACACGACUUGUGCACCACUGGUGGGACAAGGAUGGCUACAAAAAGGAAAACGAGUAUCAACAUUCCAUUACAAAGAGCGUUCUAAUUGGUGAAAGCAUUUACAGACACACGGGGCCUCAUUGGUCCGAUGUCGCCAUCGCUCAAUACAAAUUCGACUACUCCAUCGACACUCUUGGAUACCUUUAUUUCACUAACAUUCAGAAUGAGGAAACCCUGCCCUACGUGCAAGAAAUCCUCUAUCCGAGAUAUGACGUGAGUUGGCCCCGGGCUGAUCGAAUUGAGAGUCACGUAUGGGAGUGCGGGACCGAGGAGUAUCGGGAGAUCCUAGGUACAAAGCUGGGAAAGGCAGCGGCCUGCCUUGUGCUAGGUGCCUGGGAGAGAGGUACACAUCAUAUCGCUAGAGUUCACACUCUCGGCCGUAUGUACCAGAUACAUCUACGGUUUGACAUUGAGCCACUCCCAACGUCGCUCACUACUUGA